AAAAACAAGACAAUCUGUAAGUGAAAAUAUUGUUUUCAUUAAUUUUUUAAUUUUAAUUUCAUGUUGUUAAGAAUUUUGAUAUUUUACCGUUCAGUACAGCUUUAUAACAGAUCUGCAUUAAUAUAUAAAUUCGCAACAUUACUGUUGGUAAGCAGCAUUAAGAAAAUGCCUUGCCCAUUCUUAACUCGAUUUAAUGCCAAUUUCAUUCGGAACUAUGGGCCUGCACUUUUGAAGACAUACGGCCAUCAGUGUCCAGUAGUACGAAAAAUGUCGACGGCACAAACAACUGAAUUAUCCUUAUCGAAAACUUUAAGUGGCUCUCAUGAAGUCGAACAUAAAAACCGUGAUCUGAAUACUAAAACUGAUGUUCAAAUAUCACAUGAAGAAAAGGAGUGUCCAUUUUUAUCUAAAAAUAAAAAUCAAAAAGUCAAAAAAGUUGAUGAGGAUGUACAAGACAUUCCUACUACUCGGGCAUUUCCUUACGAAGAUUUCUUUCAUGAACAAAUUAUGAAAAAGAAAAACGAUCAUUCGUAUCGCAUUUUUAAGAAAGUAAAUCGUUUAGCAGGCAUCGGCCAAUUUCCCUCUGCUCUUGAAUAUAGCUAUGGGGAAAAACCAAUAACUGUUUGGUGUUCUAAUGACUAUCUUGGAAUAUCUUCGCAUCGAAAGGUCAAAGAGGCCGUUAGAAUUGCUUUGGAUGAACAUGGAUCUGGAGCAGGUGGUACUAGAAAUAUAUCAGGUAAUUCUUUAUAUCACGAACGCUUAGAAAAUCGACUUGCUCAACUUCAUCAAAAAGACGCAGCAUUGCUAUUCACUUCUUGUUUUGUCGCAAAUGAUUCUACGCUAUAUACGUUAGCUAAAGCAAUUCCAGGAUGUCAAAUUUUCUCUGAUGCUGGUAAUCAUGCUUCUAUGAUUAUGGGAAUCCGAAAUUCCCAAGCCCCAAAGCACAUCUUCCGACAUAAUGAUGUAAAUCAUCUUAACGAGCUUUUAUCAAAAGUUAGCAAGUCAAUCCCAAAAAUUGUAGCUUUUGAAACAGUUCACUCAAUGACUGGAGCUGUUUGUCCAUUAAAAGAAUUAUGUGAUGUAGCUCAUGAACACGGUGCCAUCACAUUUGUUGAUGAAGUACAUGCUGUAGGUCUCUAUGGAGAACAUGGAGCUGGUAUAGGUGAACGUGAUGGUCUUUUGAGCGAAAUGGAUAUUAUAUCUGGAACAUUGGGAAAAGCUUUUGGAAACAUAGGAGGUUACAUAGCAUCAACUUCAAAUUUGAUAGAUAUGAUCAGAUCAUACGCUGCUGGCUUUAUUUUUACCACUUCGUUACCACCCACAGUUCUUGCAGGAGCAUUUACUGCUGUAGAAAUUUUAGCUUCGCAAGAAGGCCAAAAAUUAAGAAAACUACAUCAAUAUAACGUAAAAUACUUGCGAGAAAAACUGUUUGAGGAAGGAUUUCCUGUUGAACAUACACCAAGUCACAUUAUUCCAAUUAAAAUUGGUGAUCCACUAUUGUGUUCUCAAGUGUCUGAUCUCAUGUUACGUGACUUUGGACAUUAUGUACAAGCAAUAAAUUAUCCUACGGUUCCGAAAGGUCAAGAAAAACUUCGUUUAGCUCCGACUCCAUACCAUACACCCGAGAUGAUUGAUCGUAUGGUGGCUGACAUGAAAAAAGUUUGGGAUGUUCUAGGAAUGAAACUGAAUACAUCUAAAUGUCAAAAGGAAUGUGAGUUAUGCCAAAAACCAUUAAAUUUCGAACUUCGUAAGGCACUAAAUUUUGAAUGUGGUCCUGUUGUUAAUAUUUGUCAACUUCCGAAUUGCCCAAAAUUGGUCGUAGAAGCAACAUAACCGUUAAAAGCUUUAAAAGCAUAGUCAAAAAUGGCAGAUAUUAUGAAAUCAAACACGAAUUGGCGGGUACAAGUUCUGCAAAUAUACAUUUUGUUUAAAUUUUAAAUUUGUUCCACUUUUAAAAUAUAUCAACUUAAAAAAAAUAA